CCCCAUCCACGCGAAAAAGCAAUCCGCCACCAUCUCCACCACACGGCCACAAUCCCACCACGGAAGGAGGCGGUGGAGACGGCACGAGCCGACGAGUUUACUCGAGCCCAGCCUCCUCCCGGCCUCGGAGGCUCCCGGCCCCGGCGCCGCAUACACCGGUGCUUGCGGCGGCGGCCUAGCGGUGCUCGCCGGAGUUGUUGGCCUGGCCCAGACCCUUAGCGGCGCAGAGCACAUGGCCGAGGCCAUCCUCCACCACCUCCCCCGCGGCUUCUUCCCCUCCACCGCCGCCUCCGCGUCCCCGUCGUCCCAGUGGGUCCUCUCACCCGCCCCGCGCGCCGAGCUGCGGCAGACGCGCUUGGCGGCCGCCGCCCCGCCCGGGCAGCCUCGCCGGCUCAAGGCCCAUGCAGUGGUGGGUUCAGAAACUGGUGAGCAACCAAAAUGGUGGGAAAAGAAUGCUGGUGCGAAUAUGAUUGACAUACACUCCACGCAGGAGUUCUUGGAUGCACUAAGGGAUGCAGGUGACAGGCUUGUUAUUGUGGAGUUUUAUGGAACUUGGUGUGGUUCUUGCCGCGCACUCUUCCCUCGGCUCUGCAGGACAGCUACGGACAAUCCUAACAUUGUGUUCUUAAAAGUAAAUUUUGAUGAAAACAAACCUAUGUGUAAACGACUUAACGUGAAAGUCCUCCCUUUCUUCCAUUUUUAUCGUGGAGCGGAUGGGCAACUGGAGGCUUUCUCAUGUUCCUUAGCCAAAUUUCAGAAGCUGAAGGAUGCAAUUGCUGUUCACAACACGGAUCGCUGCAGCAUUGGUCCACCUGUCGGAGUUGGGAAUGUGCUUGAUAGCUCGAGCCCUCAGGAGAAACCUGCAGAAGCUACUACCUAGUUCCCCGUAGAAAUCAUCCGUUUCUAUAUCUGCGCAUUUUUUUUCUGCCCCACUGUAAACAGCUCAGGAGAAUAUCCAGUUUUCCUGGAUAGAGGGCAUCAGAUGCUGUGAGGAAUGAGGAUUACUGUUUUACUUUCAAAGGAAAAUGUGUAUUAUAGUGUGUCAAACUGUUCCGUGUGCUGACAGAAGAAUUAUAGGGCUGUAUAUCAUUUUAGGGGGGGAGAAGUCAACACUGGAACACAAUCCUGGGACUGUUUCUAAAAUCAAUCCCAGCCGUUUGGUUUUUCGAAUCU